GGCCACAUCGAUAGGGCUGUUAGUCUGUCACACAGGCCUUAUCUCUCUAUCCCCUUUGGUGCUGAACGUAGUACAGCGUUUCUUGCCCCGGCGUACUUUCAAAUGGGUGUUCCCUCCAUUUUCUCUCUUUCUCUCUCUGUGCCUCUCCAUCAGCCCCAGGUCACUCUAUCAUUGGGUACGUUUACGUUAGCAUCGUGGCGAUCAACCUAUUUCUACUGCCACAGACUAGGCUGGAUUACCUUGGUGCAGGGUAUGCACAAACGUUGCUGAAAGUUUAAGGACAGACGAAGCAAGCACUGACACACUCCAAUGGAGAACGAUCUGUCUUUUGGAGAGGAUGUCAUGUCCUAUGAGGAGGAGAUUGACUCUGCUUUCCCAUCUCCGAUCAGACCGACCCCACCGGGCCACAGUGGCAACUAUGACCUGGAGCAGAGCAGGCAGGAAGAGGACAGCGACCAGGCCAUCCAGAGCAUCGUCAUUCACACCGACCCAGAGGCCUAUCUGAACCUGAACACCAACGCCAACACCAGAGGGGAUGCUCAGGCCUAUGUGGAGCUGAAUGAGCUCAUGGGCAACAGCUGGCAGGAGACUGGCCGCUGGGUGGGCUAUGAGGAGAAUUUGAACCCAGCAACGGGCAAGUGGGGCCCCUCCCACGUCUCCUACCUCACCUUCAAGAGUCUGAUCCAGCUUCGCAAGAUCAUGAGCACAGGUGCGAUCAUUCUGGACCUGCAGGCCAGCAGUCUGUCUGCUGUGGCUGAGAAGGUGGUGGAUGAAUUGCGGAGCAAGGGUGAGAUCCGUGCCACUGAUAGAGAUGGCCUGCUGAGGGCUCUACUGCAGAGACGCAGUCAGUCUGAGGGAGCUGGAGCUCGACCCCUGGGAGGAGACAUCGAGAUGCAGACAUUCUCUGUCACCAAGCAGAGAGAUACAACUGAUAGCGUGGAAGCAUCCAUUGUCCUCUCAGGGGUGAUGGACUCCCUGGAGAAGCCUGCUGUGGCCUUCGUCAGGCUGGGGGACUCUGUGGUGAUAGAGGGGGCCCUGGAGGCCCCUGUGCCGGUGCGCUUCGUCUUUGUGCUGGUGGGCCCCAGCCAGGGAGGAGUGGAUUACCAUGAGAGUGGCCGUGCCAUGGCUGCCCUUAUGGCUGACUGGGUCUUUAGUCUGGAGGCUUACCUAGCCCAGACUAACAAGGAAUUGACCAAUGCCAUCGCUGAUUUCAUGGACUGCAGCAUCGUCAUCCCGCCCACUGAGAUCCAGGACGAGGGCAUGCUCCAGCCAAUCAUUGACUUCCAGAAGAAGAUGCUGAAGGACAGACUCCGCCCCUCUGACACCCGAAUCAUAUUUGGUGGUGGGGCCAAAGCUGAUGAGGCCGAUGAGGAGCCAAGAGAAGACCCGCUGGCCCGGACAGGCAUUCCCUUCGGCGGGAUGAUAAAGGACAUGAAGCGGCGGUACCGCCAUUACAUCAGUGACUUCACAGACGCCCUCAACCCCCAGGUCCUGGCUGCUGUCAUCUUCAUCUACUUCGCUGCCCUGUCCCCUGCCAUCACCUUCGGAGGCCUGCUGGCCGAUAAGACGGAGCACAUGAUGGGCGUGUCUGAGCUGAUGAUCUCCACCUGCGUCCAGGGCAUCAUCUUCGCCUUCAUCGCAGCCCAGCCUACACUGGUCAUCGGCUUCUCUGGACCACUGCUGGUGUUUGAGGAGGCCUUCUUUGCGUUCUGCAAGUCCCAGGAGAUUGAGUACAUUGUGGGCCGUAUCUGGGUAGGCCUGUGGCUGGUGAUCAUCGUGGUGGUUAUCGUGGCCGUGGAGGGCAGCUUCCUGGUCAAAUUCAUCUCCCGCUUCACGCAGGAGAUCUUCUCCAUCCUCAUCUCCCUCAUCUUCAUCUACGAGACCUUCAGCAAGCUCGGCAAGAUCUUCAAAGCUCACCCUCUGGUUCUGAACUAUGAGCACUUGAACGACACCCUGGACAACCCUUUCCACCCGGUGGUCAAGGAGGAAGUAAAGCAUCUUGAUGAUGGCAACAUUACAGUGCAAGAGAUCUUAAUUGAGAGGGCCUACCCCAACACCGCCCUGCUUUCCAUGUGUCUUAUGUUCGGGUGUUUCUUCAUCGCAUACUUCCUCCGUCAGUUCAAAAAUGGCCACUUCCUCCCUGGACCGAUUCGUCGGAUGAUUGGAGAUUUUGGUGUUCCCAUCGCCAUUUUCUUCAUGAUCGCUGUGGAUAUCACCAUUGAGGAUGCCUACACUCAGAAACUUGUGGUGCCCAAGGGUCUUAUGGUGUCCAACCCCGAUGCCAGAGGCUGGUUCAUCAACCCCCUGGGAGAGAAGAAGCCUUUCCCCGCCUGGAUGAUGGGGGCGUGUUGCGUGCCAGCCCUGCUGGUCUUCAUCCUCAUCUUCCUCGAGUCCCAGAUCACUACGCUGAUUGUGAGCAAACCAGAAAGGAAGAUGGUGAAGGGCUCUGGUUUCCAUCUGGACCUGCUCAUCCUUGUCACCAUGGGUGGCAUCGCCUCCCUGUUUGGGGUGCCCUGGCUGAGUGCCGCCACAGUGCGUUCUGUCACCCAUGCCAACGCCCUCACUGUCAUGAGCAAGGGACCCAAGCCUGAGAUCGAGAAGGUGCUGGAGCAAAGGAUCAGCGGCAUGCUUGUGGCCGCCAUGGUCGGUGUGUCUAUUCUCUUGGAGCCUAUCCUGAAGAUGAUUCCCAUGACGGCUCUGUUUGGAAUCUUCCUCUACAUGGGUAUAACCUCACUCAGUGGGAUCCAGAUGUGGGACCGAAUGCUUCUGCUUAUUGUACCCAGGAAAUACUAUCCUGCUGACGCCUACGCACAAAGGGUAACUACUAUGAAGAUGCACUUGUUCACUCUGAUCCAGUUGGUGUGUUUGGGAGCUCUCUGGAUGGUGAAGAUGAGUGCCUUCUCCCUGGCUCUGCCCUUUGUCCUCAUCCUCACCAUCCCCCUGCGCAUGGCCAUCACUGGAACACUCUUCACUGACAAGGAAAUGAAAUGUCUGGAUGCCUCUGACGGCAAGGUGAAGUUCGAAGAGGAGCCAGGAGAGGAUAUGUACAACGAGUCCCCGUUGCCAUGAACACAACCUUUCACUUCUCAACUCACUGCGAGGACCCAGUGAACUCAAACAAUGCUUUAAUAGGGACCGGUGUCUAACACAUUUAUUAGUAUAUGCCAUCAAAAAAUAUUCUUUAGGAAAAUGUAUUUUAGCCAACUGUCCUGAAACCUCAUUGCAAUUGGGUAUGUUUGUGUGCCAAGCUAAAAUGAAGGUCUCGGGUAAGCAUUCAAACCUUUUUAAUGACAGGUAGCCUAAUAUUCUACACUAUUAAUAUGACAAUUAACAUUUAUCUCUCACAUACCCAAAUAAUGCCAAAAAUAUAAUCCCAUCAGUAUUAGGCAGAUAAAUAGAUAAAUGCAAUAUUAUAAGUCACACGAAAAUGCUUUUCUAUGGGACUGUUAUUUUAGCCUUGGUUCUAUAGCCUAUUUUAUACCCUAGUUACAUUACUCUCCUUUGUUACAGUUUGGUUUUAUGCUUCAUUGUGAUUAAUUGUGUGCUUAUUGAAUGAAAGUAUUUUGUAGAUUACCUUUUGUUCUUGCUGUUUUGUUUAGUUGCAAGCUAAAGUGUGAGUAUGGAGUUAAAAUCAUCUUAGUUCUAUUUUUGGGUGUCAAGUGGUGUCACUCAUUCAGUUCUUAUACCUAAAUACAUAUUUACUUCAGGAUGUAAUGCUUUCGGGAUGGCAAAGGUGAGAGGGAUACAUAUAGGAAAAUUAUUGAUUAAUCACUGAAUGAAUUGUAACAAUAUAAUGAUGAUGUGGGAGAGAAAUGUGUAAAUAUGACAAAUGAAUCACAGCAAUAAGAUCUGACUAUAGGCCUAUUGCACUAUUUUUUCAUUGAUCAGGGACAGGUGUAAAAGGACAGCUGUAUAUUUGGUUUAUUGUAUGUGGAUGUGUGUUUGAAUCACUGUACAACUGCUGUUUUGAUUUUCACCCAACCAAUUAAAGACAUUUUAAACCCUUUAA